AUGGUGCCGAAUAUAACUAAAGGAUGGCCCACUCCGACAGAAAACGAGUUCACCGAAAGAAAACGUAUGCAGAGAAUAUUCCAGAAAGCAGUCGAACAUCAAUCUGUCUACUCGCCAGACUCUCCCUGGCCUGUUCGCAUUUCGAUGGUUUUGAUCGCGAUUGUGAUGGUACUGCUCGUCGCGCCAAUACCGGUGCUUGUAACCACAGGAUCAGUGUGCUAUUUACGCAGCUACCAUCCCAUGGACAGGUCGACAUUCUCAGAAUGGGUCGGACAACUUUGCGUAGUGCUGGCAACAAUCCUGCUCUUCUUCACUCCAUGUCUCUACAUCUAUCUGGACGUGAUUCUCGUUUAUAUUCACGUCUACUAUUCAAUGUGUCCCGCAGUGCAGUUGCUG